AUGCUUUCCCGGGAAACCGGUGACAUCGAUCUUCCUGUUCCGAACAGACAAAGCUGCCGGCUGCAACUGAUUCAGUAUUUCGCCAAGGACGUGGUGAUGGUCAGAUACAUGUUCUUUGCUUCGUUUUUUGCGGACAUCAAGAAGGCUCCUUGUCCAUCUUCGGCUGGUGUAGAUACGGUCAAUUUCAUUCUCAGGUCGGCCAUCUCGGGAUACCCAAGUGACCUUAUGUGCUGGUCGAUAACACUGUACCAUUACGACGUCGAUGACCCCGCCGAAGACGACGGGGGAGCAGCAAAUGGAAAGACCUUUUUUUGUUCUUCCACAUUGACCUGCAAACUGGAAGUUAAGCUUAGAGAUUUGUCGAUUCCGAGGGCCGUCAACAAAACACUUUCACCUGUGAUUCUGAUUCCGGGUGAUGGCGGAAGUAGAUUCGAAGCGAAAUGGGACAAAAAUCAGAUUACUCACUCGUUUUGUAGUCGUAAGCAAGAUAAUUUUACGACCAUCUGGCUGAAUCCUGAACUCUUAAUAUGGUUCAUUAUUGACUGCUUAGUGGACAACUUGCGAUUGGUGUAUAACAGUGUGACUCGAACAACUUCCAACUCGCCAGGGGUAUCAGUGAGGGUUCCAGGUUGGGGUAAUACUGAGACUGUUGAGUGGCUUGACCCCAAUCAUAGUAGAGUUGGAGCGUAUUUCGUUAACCUAGUCAAUAUUCUGGUGCGUUACGGAUACAAACGAGGACUAUCCAUCAGGGGCGCUCCUUACGAUUUUCGGAAAGCUCCUAAUGAGGACGCCGAAUACAGAACCCAACUGAAGUCCUUGAUCGAAGAAACUUACGCGAUCAACAACGAUACCGCAGUCACCCUGGUAGCACACAGCUUAGGAGCUCCAGUGACCCUCAACUUUCUCCAGCAGCAAUCUCAAGAAUGGAAGGACAAAUACAUCAGAAGGCUCAUCUCCCUGUCUGGAGCCUGGGGAGGAACCGUUAAAGCCGUCAAAACCUAUACCAUUGGAGACAACCUGGGAUCAAUCUUCGUCGACUCCCACGCAGUUCGAUCAAUGCUCAUCACCACACCUUCGCUAGCCUACCUUAUGCCCAGCCCCCUUUUCUGGAACCCCAAUGAAAUCUUUGUCAAAACUAAAUCCUACCAGUACACCGUUGCCAACAUCGAUCAGUUCUUCAAAGAUCUCGACCUCAACGAUGCCCUAAACAUGUACCAAGAUACCCUUCCUUACACCCUCAAUUUCACGGCACCACAAGUCGAGGUACACUGUUGGUACGCAACGGGAAAACCAACGGUCGAUCGCCUGGAAUGGUCAAACACCGACGACAUGACGAGCAACAAGCCCAAGCUGAUCUACGGAGACGGAGAUGGAACGGUGAAUUUGCGGUCCCUGACUGGGUGUGAACGAUGGGUUGGGCAACAAAAUGGUGCAGUUAUCAUCCGAAAGUUUCCAAAAAGUGGCCACAUGGGACUGCUUGGGGAACUGUCGAUACUGAAGGAAUUUGUGGCGACGCAGCUGAGUGACCUUAAGUGA